UGUUUGAGUGCAAUAGGUUCCGGCGAAUGCUGUUAGUCAGUGUUCCCAUACCGGAAGGGCUCUGUAUCCAGCGCAGUUAGCGCUGUGCAUUGUAUUGCGAGUCCGUAUUAUCUGUGGCGGAUGACAGGUAUGCUGCGGCCAUGCCCCUGUGUCUGUGUGAAGUUAUCCAGCUCCUGGCUGCGGCGGCAGCGCUGCUGUUAAUUCUGCUAAUUGUUGUAGCCCAUGUAACUGCCGAGAGAAUGCCAAAUCUGCAUCGGUUUGAGGAAGAGAAGUAUUUUAUCGCCAGUAACGGUGCAAAGGAGCCCUUCCCUAGUAUUCAUGACCCCCAUACAAAGGACCUCUCUGUUGUAGUUCCCUCUUACAACGAGGAAGUACGAUUACCCGUCAUGAUGGACGAAGCCAUGGCAUAUCUUGAAAAACGUCAGAAAGCGAGACCUUCAUUCAGCUAUGAAGUUAUUAUUGUGGAUGAUGGCAGCAAGGAUAAAACAACAGAGGUUGCUUUGAGCUAUUCGAAGCGUUAUGGAAGUGAUAAAGUGCGAGUUCUGAAAUUAAAAAAGAAUCGUGGCAAGGGUGGAGCAGUCAGGAUGGGAGUUCUUGUGUCUCGUGGUAAAACCAUUUUAAUGGCUGAUGCCGACGGAGCUACAAAAUUUGAAGAUGUUGAAAAUGUAGAAGCUGGACUUCUAAAUCUCAAACCAUGGCCAGAUAAUAUGGCCAUAUCAUGUGGGUCCAGAGCUCAUCUGGAGCAAGAUUCAAUAGCAAAGCGUUCUGUGUUCAGAACAUUCCUCAUGUAUGGAUUCCACUUCCUUGUGUGGUUCUUGUGUGUCCGUGGAGUGAAAGACACUCAGUGUGGGUUCAAGCUUUUCACAAGAGAAGCUGCAUUACGCACGUUUACAGCUCUUCAUGUUGAUCGCUGGGCGUUUGAUGUGGAACUUUUAUACAUUGCUCAGUGCCUGAAAAUUAAAGUGGCAGAAGUCGCAGUAAACUGGACAGAAAUUGAGGGUUCGAAGCUGGUGCCUUUCUGGAGCUGGUUGCAAAUGGGACGAGAUCUCCUUUUUAUACGGUCACGGUAUCUAACUGGUGUCUGGAAGCUGAAUACACCUGAAAAAGUCAAUUAGAUUAUUGAAUACUGUUUUAUUAAUGUACAUAUUAGAGACUGAAAGGUGCACAUUGGCCUUCUAAAAACAUGUUUAUUGCCAUCAUUAAAAAAUAAAAAACAUUUUUAUGUUUCAA